AUGACACCUCAGGGCAUGUACCUCUUAUACUCUCGGCAUGUGGCGUCUGCUGACAUGAAUAGAAUCAACGCCUGGUACGGGAUACGUUACGCCGAAGCUCCAGUCGGAAACCUUCGAUGGCAAGCCCCACGAGAUAUUGAAAUCAACGGCACUGGUAGCGGGGGCCAAGUCAUCGACGCGGUAGAUGCGCCGUUGCCGUGUCCCCAAGGCUACCCUGGCUGGUGGUUCAACAGUACCGCCGGAGCUUCAACAGACCUAUCUAAGACUCCAACGGGCACCGAGGACUGUCUCAAUCUUGACAUUUUGGCCCCUGCAAAACCAGUCAACACUUCCCUUCCAGUCAUAGUCCAGAUUCACGGUGGUGGAUAUACUCUUGGUUCAUCUUCGUCGAUAGGUCCCGGCUACGAACUAGCCGGCAACUCAUUAGUGUACCAGUCGAGCGGCGGCAUCGUCUACGUCUCCAUCCAAUACCGGCUCGGUGCGUACGGAUUUCUCGGCGGUGCAGAGGUGGCCGAGAAGGGUGUUGCCAAUGCCGGUCUGCUCGAUCAACGGGCAGCGCUUGGCUGGGUGCAACGCCAUAUCAGCAAAUUCGGCGGCGACCCAGCAAAGGUGACCAUCAUGGGCGGCAGCGCAGGCGGGGGCUCAGUAACACAUCAGUUGACUCUUCAUGGCGGUGUCAGUAAUCCGCCAUUCCGUGGAGCAAUAGCCGAGUACCCUUGGCUGCAACCUUUGCACAGCCAGUCGACCAUACAGCGGCAGUAUGAGCUGCUCCUCACAGCGGCAGGAUGCCCAGACAUCCAGUGUCUACGCGCCCUGCCCGAGUCAGAUCUCGCCGUGGCCACUCAAAAGACGUACGACACAGGCUACGCUCUUCUUGAGUAUGGCUUCGGUGACUUCUACUACGGACCCUAUGUUGACGGCGACAUCAUCCGCGGCCUUCCCAGCCACGAGUUCAGCCAGGGCCAUUUUGCAAAAGUGCCUCUUUUAACAAACCGCGAGGGCUAUGAGGGUGUCAUAUUCUCGAACAGCAGUCAGACUACUUCUGCGGAACUCGUGACGGACCUCAAGACCUUGUUCCCGGGCGCGACGCAAUCUUUUGUCAGUCGCCUGCUUCAGCUGUAUCCGCGCGACGCCUUCAACUCGACGUUUUUCCAGCGCCAGCAAAUCUUUGGCGAUUUCAUCAUAUCCUGCUUUUCGCAGUACAUGGCGGCUGCUGUUUCAGACCACGGCGAGCCCGUGUACAAGAUGAUUUUUGAUGCGGGCGGUGGGCUGCACGGUAGCUUGGUUCCUUUCACGGAAACUGUGAAUCUAAAUGGUAACAAGGCAUCCGUUCCUUUUGCUGUAAAGAUGUUGGGGGUUUGUGACUAA